AGAACAGCCGUCUCACUCACCCCAGCUUCCAACGUAGCCCCCAAGUUCCUUUCCAAGACGUAUUCCUUGUCCUUACCCAAACGUCUCUCUCUGUUUCUCUCUCAGUCCCUCUGUCUGUCUCUCUCUCGGUCGGUCCCUCUGUCUGUCUCUCUCUCUGUCCCUCUGUCUGUCUCCCUCUCGGUCCCUCUCUCUGUCUCCCUCUCGGUCCCUCUCUCUGUCUCCCUCUCGGUCCCUCUCUCUGUCUCCCUCUCGGUCCCUCUCUCUGUCCCCCUCUCUGUCCCUCUGUCUGUCUCCCUCUCUGUCCCUCUGUCUGUCUCCCUCUCGGUCCCUCUCUCUGUCUCCCUCUCUGUCCCUCUGUCUGUCUCUCUCUGUCUCUCUCUCGGCCCCUCUGUCUGUCUCCCUCUCUGUCCCUCUCUCCGUCUCCCUCUCUGUCCCUCUCUCAUUGUUGUGCAGCCAUCAGUCCAGCUUCCUCUUUAUCUGCUUCCUCCUUUGCUCAGACCAUACAGCCGACCCGCUGUGCAGAUGCAGUCAAUAUCACAAAAUAUCACACAGGUCCAAAAGAGAGAGACGGCCUAAUCGGCUUUCACAAACAUCACACAAUGAUUUAUAAUUGAGUCAUUUCAGACCUCAAUCGAUACUAUAAAACACGUCACCGAAUCCUAAAGAAGCAAACUGAGUUUCUGUUGAAUUCGUUUUUGCUGAAUCAAAUCGACUUGUUUGGCCAACUCAGACACCAUUUGUCAAGUGACUUUGUUCUAACUACUUAUUCGACAUAUUUUGUGGAGUUUUAUUGUCUACAACCUUCAACGAACCCCACACUACAACAAAAAGGGGAAAGGACCAAACGCUGUAGUUUGGUGCUUCUAUUGUGCGGCGAGCAAACUGAGUUGUGUUGAGUCCGCCUCUCUGCUGUGUGUGUUCUGGCAGCAGCCCCACAGCAUCGUCCAGAGGCGGCUGAUGGAGGGGAACGUCCCGCGGCUGCGGCGGGAGGCGCACGACGCCAGCGCCCUGACCCGCUCGCCGCUCGCCGACCACAAGGACGGCGGCGGCGGGGGGGGCGGAGUCGGCGGAGUCGACUGCGGCGAGGAGCAGCGGAGCGAGAGCACGGCCGACGACUCCGCGGAGGAGCGGGAGUCCCCCGAGGAGAGCGAGCGCAGCCUGCGGACCGACGAAGAGGAGGAGGAGGAGACGGAGGAGGAGGACGGCGAGGCGGCCGCCAAGCGGGCGCCGGACCCCGCCAAGACGGGGGAAGGGACGGCGAGCCCACCGCCGCCGCUCGCCGCCCUGGUCGUGCAGUGCAAGUGCUGCGAGGGCGACGUCAGAGCCUCCAUCGACACUGGUUGCCAACACAACCACAUCUCCAGCUUCUGCUGCCGGAGACUGGGCUUGGUUCCUGAACAGGGCAGUGCCGGCCCCACAGUGAGGGGGCUUCGACUGCAGCUGGGGACACAGAGGGUCCACUGCUCUGCGUACGUCAAAGAUGAUGAGGUGUCUGAGCUGUGCCUGGGUCUUCAGACGCUGCUGGAACUCAAAUGCUGCGUGGACCUAAGUGGGCGGGUCCUCCGGCUGCAGGGGUCCGGUGAAGAGCUGCCCUUCCAAGUGCCAGUGGCUAUUAGCCAGUGCCGUCAUGACACCAACAAGAACCUGUGAGGAGGUCUGCUCUGUAGGGCGUGGCUCAGCCCUCAUCGUCUGCGAAGCCGGCUUCUGAUUGGCUGAUCGGCCGUGGCCGUGGCCGGGGAGGGGAUUUGUUGCCUGGACUGUCCAAUCACAUCGUCUCACACUGCCAGAUCCUGGAUAAGCCCCUCCCAUGCCUCACUAUACUCACAAUUGGUUCUUUGACUUUACAUCGGUUGUAAUUGUUAAUUGUAGAAUUUGUAGAAUUUGCCGAUGUUCACCGGGAUCAUCUUCGGGGUCGUUACAGUCUUCAUGAUUAUUAUCGUCAUGGUUACCUAUUAAAUAAGUCAAAUUCUACCGGCUCGUCCCCCGACUAUAUGGACAAUCAGAAGAUCGUUUUUCAUGAUUAGCUGUUUCGUUUAGCCGUCGUUCUUGAUCUGGUGCGUUCGUGCUGGUGAUUCAUCCGCGAUUUUGUUGUUUGAUAUAAAAUGAUUUUCACUUCAUGCCACCUUAUUCCAAGACGGGGCAAGACAAUUUAUCGGUAGAAGUUAGGAAGAGAUGUGAACAAUAGGCUUAAGACAUUUUCCCAUUAAUCCAGGUGAAGCACCUCUAUCUCUCUCACUCUGUCUCUACCUCUAUGAUUCUCUCUAUCUCGUCCCUCUUUCUCUAGACCUCUCCCUCUCUGACCUAUAUUUAAUUGAAUUUCCAAAUGUGUAGCAAAUGGCAUAGAGUCACACAAUGGCCUGGAUUAAGAAGUUACUCAUAAAAAGUAUUCAGCCGGACUCUACGGGCGAGGAUUACCAGAACAUUCCAUCUGCAUGACUUUGUAAAGUUUCUGCUUUUGUACGAGUCUGCAUGUUUGUGUGUGUCUGUUUGACGUAGGGAGUGGGGAUGACUGUGGCGUGCGUGUUUGUUGCCGUUAAAAGCGAGGGCUUUUUAUACAUGGCUUGUGUUUCACGUGGGAAACGGCAGCGGGGAGGGGGGGUGGGGGGCAAAUACGUUCUCCAGAAAACUCCGGUCAAAACAAGCUGCCAAACAUUCGACCCCAGCUGCCUUUCUUCACGUGGGCCAAAAGACCCGUUCUAAGCCACGGUCAGAUUUAGUAUUCGGUCCAACAAUCUUUUUCUUAGGCAUUUUCUUGGCUAAACACACUAUUGCAUUUUCAUAGCUUCUGUUUUGGGGGACAUGAUUUAUUACUGUGUUUCUCUCAUUUUAUAUCCUCAAAUUUUUAUGUCCUUUGUGUGAUCACAUGACUAUGAUUUUGCUCCUUCCUUAUUGGCUGUCGGCAACCGAUCAGAAGCCCGGUCUAGUUCACGUAAUAAACCACAAACAACAAACGCAAAAACCUAAUGCUCGACAACAGGAGCUACUUCAAUAUACCUUACUGUGCCACCGUCAGGCUCGUCUGAUAACAUCAAAAAGUGUGUCGAGUACAUCUGGGGAAAGCAUAGUUAUGGGGUUUGAACAAGGAGUGCCUCCAAACACGCACACGCACACCAGACGCCUUCGCGUUCCGCUUCAACAACACCCAGGCGCGGUUGUGCGCUUGCUUUGUGCUGGAGUGAUCCUUUUAGUAGUUUUACGCUUAGUUUGUACACAGGUGUGUCUUACUGAUCAGUUCUCAGUUCCUUGUCGCUGUGCUUUAGUUAACUAUGACGGGGUGGGGUGGGGGAAAUGAACUGUGGAAAAUAUUUUUUAUUUUUGGUGUCAUCUCUCUUCUGGAACAGUAUUUUCUCUGCCUAUUAAAGAAAACAUGUAUUCUGUCUA